AUGACUCGAUUAACCAUUAAUACUUCUUUAUAUACCAACAAGUCCUUUAUAUUUUGCUUUUAUGUAUCUGGUCAUGGAUGGGGACAUGCUACCAGAGCUAUUCAAGUCAUAUUGGACAUACUUAAAUUACCUGCACAUCAUAAGGUUUAUGUUAUCUCACCAGCGUCUGAUUUUAUCUUUCAAGGAGUUAUCAAGGAAGGUGCUAUUUAUAGACAAGCAGAUAUAGACCCUGGGGUGGUUCAGCCAUUACCUUAUACAGUUGACAGACAUCAGACUAUUUCCAAUUUGAAAUCAUUUUUAUCCAGACGUCCAUCCAUACUAGAUCAAGAAGCAGAAUGGUUAAAACAAGUAAAGGCUGAUUGUGUCAUUUGUGAUGCACCCUUUUUACCUUGUGCUGCUGCUGCCAAAGUAGGAAUCCCUGCUGCCAUUUCUAGCAAUUUCACAUUCGAUGAGGUCUUUAUGGGAUUAUGCGAAGGAGAUGGAUUAGAUGAAGAAAUUAAAUGUAUGGUACAGCAAACCAUAGAUGAUUACAGGCACGCCGAUCUACUCAUUCGUUUGCCUGGUGCCAUCCGUAUACCUUCGUUUGAUAAUGCUGCAUCCCUUGUGCCACAUACACCAUUUGGUGCAACCACCUUUGCCGACGCACAUAGAAAAGGUGUUGCGAAUGGUAAAGUACAUUUACCUUGCACCAGUGUCUCUAACGUUCAGCGUCAGCAUCCUCUUCCUGGCUUUGUCCGUCGUAUUAUCGAUGUUCCAUUGGUGUUUCGCAAAUACCAGACACCACGUGAACAAGUCUUGGAACAAGUUGGAAUCCCAAAGGAAAUUUACCAGACACACAAAAUCCUCUUAUUGUCCUUUGGCGGACAGCUAUUAGCCAAUGGAAAGUGGGGAAAUAAUCCCCUGCCACCAGGAUGGAUUUGUAUUGUCUGUGCUGCCCCUGAUUCAAUUGAAAUGCCGCCUGGUUUCUAUCGGGCUGCUAAAGAUGCCUAUGUACCCGACUUGACGAAUGCCUGUGAUGUCUUGCUGGGUAAACUUGGUUAUGGCACUUGCUCCGAAUGUAUUGGCCAUCGUGUUCCUUUUGUCUAUGUGUCAAGGCCUCAAUUUAUAGAAGAACAUGGUCUCUUGAAGCUCAUGAAGGACCAAGGAAGUGCAGUCGAACUAUCUCGUCAAGAUUUUGAAAGUGGAAAUUGGGCAGAUGCUAUCACAAAAGCUUCGACGAUGUCCGGAACAUGUGAUGACCUUCAACUGAGAAUAGCCCAUAAUGGUGGUGAAGUUGCAGCAUUGAAUUUAGAGCGAUUUGUCAUUGAAUGGAAUCAUCAAAAGGCAGUCAACAACAACCUAUCUUUUACACCUUUUAUCUCUUCUGACUCUCAACAAAUUGCAUCUUGUGCUUCCACUUAA